GUACAAAGGCCGCUACAGGGUGGGCGAGACGACGUUUUCACCUGGUUAAUGACUACCAGACAUAUCUAAUAUAUAUAUGAACAGAUAAUCGAGACUAUUCACGGACGUGUAAAAUGGCUGAAGGCGGAACUUGUUCAGACCCUCCCUCUGUGGACAGUACAAGACCUAACCUGUUAGAAUCUCAUCACCUAGAUUGUCCCAUAUGUCUGGAGCAGUUACGGCAGCCGAGGUCUCUACCAUGUCUCCAUUCUCUUUGUGAGGAAUGUUUGAGAAACUACAUCGUCGUGGAAACUUCCGGGACGAGCGAUACGGCGACUUCCUUUACCUAUCCGGUGUGUAGGACGUUAACUCACCCUAUCGACAAAUCUGAGGACAAAGAAAACUGGGCAAAGCAGUUCCCGACCGACAGUCAUACCGUAGAGAUGAUACAAAUGGUGAACCAGACAACAGAGCCAUACCACUGCAAACCCUGCCAGAGGAAAGGAAACAUGACGCCGGCAAAAUUCUUGUGUAAAACCACAGAAUCUUUCUUUUGUGAGUCCUGCAAAGUCGAUUUCCAUGAUAUGGUCCACACUGACUGUGAUAUUGUCGACAUCAAAAGAUCAAACAGGCCCCACCUACGUGUAACACUUGACCACUCGACCAGACGAUGUGACAAACACAAUGACAAAAUGGACUGCUAUUGUCAGGACCACAAGACCCUUGGAUGUAGUAAGUGUAUAUACGUGGAUCACAGGAAAUGUGAGGACGUAUCUACGAUAAAGAAUUACUGCGAGAAAUUAGAAAGUACCUCCCGACUUGAUGAGAUGAGGAAAUCUCUGAAACGAGGAGCAGAUGCCAUGGAAAUCCUGAUAAAGGACUACUAUAAGCAACUUCAAAGUCUCACAGACGACAAAGAUGCAGCAUUGACAAGCAUCGACAAUCUGCACAAACAGAUAGAUAAAUGUGUCUUACAAAUGAAGAAGGAGAUUACAGAUGACUUGGUCACAGCUUACAAAAAGGAGAAAGAGAACCUGAAGAUAGCCAGUCAGAAGUGUGAACGACUGAGAACCGCCAUGGAGAACACACUGGAGGCGUCCUCUACAGCCCAGCAGAAUAUAGAUCACAUGAAUACAGUACUCUUGUACCAGAGAAGCCAGAUGGAGGUCGACUCGUGUAAAGGCCUGUUGGCAGAGACAAAGAAUUCGUAUUCAACCUCUAGGAUUGAGCACAGAAUAGAAUCCAACGUUUCAAACAUCAGUUCAGCCUUAAGCCUAGGAAAAAUAGUUAUUGAAACACAGAAAAAAGAUGUCCAAACUUGCUUUAAAACUUUUCCCAAACCCUUAUCCAGAUGCGAAAUUAAAGAAAUAAGAAAGGUGAAUUUUAAAUGCCCAUCGGAUACGUCGAGUUGCUUAGCAUAUGGAGUUGUUUACCUUCCUGAUGGCCAAAUUGUUGUAGGAGAUUUUCAAAACCAGAAGAUCAAGUUAAUCACUGACGACGGAAAUGUUGCUUCCGAAUUACAAGUAAACGGAACACCUUUGAACGUAUGUAUGGUGGAUAACACCACAGUGGCGGUCGCGGUAACGGGUCCCCGGGGUAUACGUGUAGUGACAGUUGCGCCCUCUAAACUCACUCUGUCAUCAAAAAUAAACACGAGGGAACCAUGUUUCAGUAUAGCGUGCAGAAAUGGCGACUUCAUCGUGAGUACAGGAUUCAAAGUGUGCCGCGUGAGUAAGGACGGUACGACACACAAGUUACACCGAUAUAGUGAUGCAGUGCACGGAAUGUCUUAUGAUUCCCAGCAUGGACAACUGUUCAUCACACAUAACACCGUCACUGAAGGCGAGAUAGUCGUCACCAGAUUGUCUGAUGACAACAAGCACACUGACGUGUUGAGAGUCGGCGUCGUUAAAUAUGCGUUUGGUGUUGAUUUGGACGUCGAGGGUAACGUCUAUGUCUGUGGUUACGGCUCCAACAACGUGGUACAGAUGUCCGGGGACGGGACUAACGUCCGGGAACUGUUAACGGCAGCGAGCGGUAUCGAACGUCCACUGUCAAUCUCCGUAUGUGGGGAUAAAAUUGUGGUGACGAAUGAGUCAUCAAAGCAAAGGGACUGUAUCCGAGUGUUUCAACUGAUUUGACAUUCAGAAUCAAUCGUACUCUUUAUCAGCCGCUAGAACGUUCAUAUAUUUGUAUUUUACAGUGUAAUCACAUACCUGUCAUUAUUUUUGUACUCAGAUUAGAGGGAUCUUUGAAAACAUUUUAUAUAGAUUAAAUUGUACAUGUACUUCAUAAAUAUGUUAAUACAUGAAAUUGAUAUGCUAUUACAGAGUGUUAAACUAUUAUCAUACAGGAUUUAAAAAUAAUUCUUUAUUAAAAAAUGAACUGAUGAGAUUUCCCUUUCCAUACCUCAUUGACACAGUCGGCUACUUUUAAGUUAGCAAAUAUAAAUAUAUCGCAUAUGGAAAAUCCUGCGAAGUUUUACAUUACUUGUACGUGUGAAUUAAUUACGAUGAUGAUACGUGUGUUCUAAUGUAGGAAUCGAACCCAGGGCCUCGGGCUUGUAUCACGUUUUACUAUUUGAGUCGCUGAGCAAUUCUCUACAGCAUUUUCUGUUGGAAACUUUAAUAGUUUACUAGGGUUCUACUUUAUAGAGUGUCAUGUUCUGUAUCUAUGACACGCUUUGUACGUAUAUAAUGUACGAUGAGCAUAAGUAUUUCUGCUUUUUUGGUUCGAAAUUUUGCAAAUAUCUGAACAGAAACACUGCCAGUGAAAUAAAUAUUUAAUUGUAAAAACAGUUAUCUGUCAUCGCAAGACUUCCAAUACAUGAAAUGAAUUUUAGAAUCUGUCAUUAGGAUUGCGCAGUGGCUAGCACGAUUAACCCUUUACUUCCGGUCGAGGUUCGAUUCUUCGAUCAGCCGUGAAAAUGUAUGAUGUCACCUUCCCUUACUCCCGCAUUAGACACCCUGCGUCUUCCAUCCGGGUAUAAUCAGCGUGAUUAAUUUAAGUAGGAAAACAUUGAUUACAUUAUCUUUAUAAAAUAAUUGUAAUCCAAUAAAACUUAAUUGUCAACUACAAUAUAUGCCGCCUCUUACCUGUGGCGUAUUUAAACACUAUAUCUCAAAACGUACGGACGCAUGGACUACCUACAGUCGGUCUAUAGACAGACAUCUCAAAUCUGUGUCAUAUAUUGAAGAGAGAUCACGAACAAUUUCCCCGCCACUACCGACAGACGGACUUCAAAAUUUCUGUCCAUCGAAAGUGUCGUCUUUCACCUCUGACGUAUAUAACAAUUAAAUCAUUCGUAACGGACGGAAGGACUCCCGACAAUCAAUCGAUUGUGUCGUGUGUCACAUGGACAGUUGUGUAAGUAAACUAUCCGAACAUACGCAAAGUUCAGUACAAGCCUCUUACAUAAUGUUAUACGUGUAGCCAUGACUAUUACAUGGACUAUUCAUAUUGGAAUAUCGGAUUUUAUUUUAGGUACGCUAACCUGUUUAUUUGUUGUAUAUCCAAUCCAAUAUACACUCAUGUAGAAUGUUUCUCCAGAUAUAUCAGCUUAAUUAUUCGUGAAAUACAUGUUUUCUCAUUAUUUCGCUCAAAUUUAUGAAUUUACAUAAACGAGAGAUCUUUACGUGAAUUUUCACUCGCCUUCAAUCGGUACGAUAACCGGAAGUCAUCACGAUUGCAUGGUCAUUGUGGCCGAAAUUACAAUCUGUAAAUUAAACAGUUAUCUGAUUGAAUGAUAAACCGGUUGAAUUACAAAAGAACUUCAUCCUUCUGGACACGUAUGUUUCCUGUGUACUAAAGGGAUUAAUAUUUAAACUCAUCUUAAACAAGGCAUCUUCUUUGAUUAUAUCGUCACAUGGCUUUAAAGUUAAUCGCGCUCGACUUCCCCUGCCAUAUUUCCUCACCCAGGGCAUCUCUUGAUAAACGAGUAAUAGGUAUCACGUCUGAGUUCCGAAUGGCUGAACAAAUCACACAUGGCGCUUCAAAACGAUCAUCUUUAUUGAUGUGUUAUUGUUUUAUAUCAUUUUGAUAACAUGUGUGUUGCCAUUGUGGGAGGGAAACACGAUUUUUUGUUUCCCGUCUCUAAUUUGUGUUUAACGAGGGCUAAGAAAUACGUUUCAUUACCACAGUGGCACUAAAUGUCUUAUGAAACAUUCAUUCACAUAACUUAUAGGUCUCUGAAAACCCACCGGAAAUUGGAGCUUUCCGUUAUUGGAGUCCAGAUUGUCGAGAUGUCACUGUUAGAAUAUACAAUGUUACAUAUAUGUAAUAUUUAUCUAGUGUUGUAAGCGUGUCACUUGCCAUGUCAAUGCCUAGGUGGCAUAGAAUUUAUGUAUUGAGCAUUCGUGUCGCAUCGUAUGCUUGACAAAAUGGCCUUUAAUCAAACUGGGCAGUGAAAUUGAUUAUCAGCUACAAUGUGAGUAUACGCUUGUGAUGUCCGUGGUCAGUGGACAUCUGCAGUCAUUAUUCUUUCAGAGAAUAAUAAAUCACUAUCCUGCUUUCGGUCUGUCAUGGCCGACACCGGAUGUGAGAAAUGACAUCCACUUCCUGUCAGAAGUCAUGGUCUCUCUGACGUUUGAGACUUUAUUGUUUUCGUCGUUACUUUCGAACAUCUCGGUAACAAGUGAGAGUGGACAAAGAGCACGCAACCUCGCGACGCCUUUUGUAUAAUUUGUAUGUAUGAGGGCAAACGGAAAUGAUAGAUGCAUUCAGUGUGGUACAAUACCAAGAACGUCUUACAUAGGGGUCACACAGGUCAUGUAAUCUCUAUUUAUAUGUGUUUUCUUUGCGACGUUUCAUUAACGGCCUGCUGCUUGUGUCAAGUUGUAUAAAUUGAACCGUCAUAUAUCAUUUAAUCUCAUACUACGAUAAUAAUAAAUAUUGUU